AUGGCGCCGUCGCCAGUCUAUCCCGUCCACCUCUCCCUCCUCCUCCUCCUCUCUGCCAUUCUCGCCGGCACCGCGGCCACGAAGACGACGUUCCCAAACACCACCACCACCACGCCGGCAGGCUGCCCGUCCUACCGGUGCGGCCACGCCGUGGACGUCAGGUAUCCGUUCUGGAUCGACGACGGCGACGGCGACACGAACGGCACCGCCAACGCCUCGUCCCACUGCGGAUACCCAGCCUUGCGCCUCGAGUGCCGGCGCGACUCGCCGGUGCUCCCGUUGCCGUCGGGCGACUACGCCGUGACCCACAUCCAGUACGGCGACAGGACCGUCUCGCUUUUCGACCUCGGCGUCUUCUCCCACUCCAACACGUGCCCGCUGGUCGCCGGCCGCAACCUCACGCUCCCGCCCGCCGGCGCGCUCUCGCUCACCGCCAGGGACGCCAACCUCACCUUCUUCAUCCACUGCUCCUUCGUGGUUGGCGUUCCGGCCGGACACCUCGUCGCGUGCCUCGAGGGCGACGGCCGCCACCACUCCUACGUCUUCCGCGACGACGACGACCUCAUGCCGGCGCACGGGCUCGCCGGGGCGUGCCAGGACGUCGUCGGCAUUCCCGUGCUCAGGAGGUCCCUGCUCGGCAGCAGGACGGGUGACACGGCAGCCGCGCCGGGCCCGCUGGACGCUGUUGUCCCGGCGCUGAACAUGGGCUUCGAGCUCAGCUGGCGUCCAGCGGCGGGAGGGGAGUGCGGCGGCUGCGAGAAGGGCGGCGGCAUGUGCGGCCACAGUCGCACGGCGGGGAGCGAGGCGUGGGCCUUCACGUGCUUCAGGACUGCCGCGAACUCUGCUUCAUGGGCCGGGCCGAAAUCUGCAGGUCAUUGCAGUUCUGUACGGGGGCUUCUAUUUACCGAGCUGGUCGGUGCCAGCAACCCACCGCACACCCCCCAGGGCUUAUCAAACUUGGUCAGGCGCUUCCGCCUCCCGGAGAACACCAAGGUGGAGGAGAUGAAAGCCGGGCUGGAGAACGGCGUGCUCACCGUCACCGUGCCCAAGGUUGAGGUCAAGAAGCCCGAGGUGAAGGCCAUCGAGAUCUCUGGUUGA